CUUGGAUAUCAACAACCCAAGACUCAUCAAAAUGCCCACCCGCUUUGUUUGUUCCCUAUUAGUAUAACUAACCAAUAGAACCGCACCCGACUAACUAUAUCUUCUUAUCUAGCUUGUCCACGUCCGCACCAUGGAGCCUCCUAAGAACGAUCUUGGUCAACCAGGAGCUAAGGAGGGUCCCGUCAUCGACGUCAUCAAGGCUGCUGUAGCUCGAUUUGGCAUCUCUUUGAACAGAGCUGAAUAUGGGCCACAACCACCGACUUUCCCUCCAUUGUAUACGGUGAUUGCGGAAAUAUCUGCUGAUAUUAGUGAAGAUGUUUUCAAGGAUGGACUUCAAGGUGCUUGGUUCGACCCAAUGGUACAAAGCGGAGCCCCUCUGCCUCAAGCAGAGAUCGACGUCCAAGAGUACGCUGCAUAGUAGUGACUAUCAAGUUGAGAUACUUUAUAUGCUUUAUAAUGAAGCAUGUUAGGAAUCUAAGUGCAAAUUCA